AGGAUUGUACAGUCAGUGAAAAAUCAAGUGUCUGCGUGGACUGUGGACUUAGAGCAUUAGAGUCGAGAGUUGUAGCAGCGUUAGCAGUAGUCGUUCCAGUGUGUGUGUCGUGUUUUUCGAAGCCGAUUGCGAUCGAGUGUUGUCUACAGUCGUCGUCGAUCCUCUGAAACGAAGUCGAAAAAGGAUCCGAAACUGAAUCUGAACGACCCUCCACGAUGAACAUCCCCAACGAGUACAUCUCCAAUGCAGAAGACAUAGCCGAUCAGGCUAUUAGAAAAGGCAAACAUGUACUACCUACCAUUGCCAGAUUAUGUCUUAUUUCCACAUUCUUGGAAGAUGGUUUGCGCAUGUGGUUCCAGUGGUCUGAGCAGAGGGAGUACAUGAACAUGUCAUGGGGAUGCGGAGUGUUCCUUGCCACAGUUUUUGUUUUCAUCAAUUUGGUUGGCCAGUUGGGAGGAUGUGUUAUGGUCAUUGUCAGAUUCAAAGUUUCCAUCGCCUGCAGCGUGCUCUUCUUCAUCGUCGUCCUGCAAACCUUGGCCUACAGCAUACUCUGGGAUUUCCAGUUUCUCUUAAGGAAUCUGGCACUUAUCGGCGCUCUUCUCCUUGUUCUCGCUGAGAGCCAUGCUGAAGCCAAGAGUCUUUUCGCAGGCGUCCCAUCCCUGGGCGACAACAAACCUAAGAACUACAUGCAAUUGACUGGCAGAAUUCUGUUGGCGUUCAUGUUUAUCACCAUCAUCCGAUUGGAAUUCAACUUCAUUCAACUCUUCAUUAACUUGCUGGGAGCAGCUUUGAUGGUUCUAGUCACAAUUGGCUACAAGACGAAAUUAUCCGCACUGAUUUUGGUGCUCUUGCUCACCUUGCUGAAUUUCUACUACAACGCCUGGUGGUACAUUCCCGAGUACAAGCCUUUAAGAGAUUUCCUCAAAUACGAUUUCUUCCAAACUCUCUCUGUAAUUGGUGGACUCCUGAUGAUCGUAAAUUUGGGACCCGGAGGCGUUUCUAUGGACGAACACAAGAAACGUUGGUAAUCCGCGUGUGUCAUUCCUCCCUUUGGACAUUUUAGUGUUUUACUUUGGGUCUUAAAUGAAAACAAUUAUCAUUAUUACUAUCUAUUUUUUUUUUAAUUUAAACGAUUUUAAAUAGUUACUAAAUAUCAUAUAACUGACUGAACAGGUAUAACAGACAAGAUUUGAUUAAGCUUAAAACCCUUCCACUUCAUCUAUAGUAUUCUUACAGAAAAUUAUAAAGCUACUAUUAUUAUUAUUUUUUGGAUUGUCUUGUGCAAUUUGUAUUUAAAAGGAAAACAACAUUUGUAAGCAAUUUGCAUUGUCUGAAAGUAUAUAUUGUAUAGCACAAAUUUAUUAUUGACAUGUUGUUUUCUUCGUAAACGAAGUGAGCAUUUUUUUUUGUUAAUUUUUUAAUAUGAUAAAUCAGAUUUAUAUAUUAUAUUU